GUGAUCAGCGCGCAUAACGCAACCACAUUCGCUCGAACCUGCAUGCCUCUUUAGUCUCACAGUGCUCGUUCUACCUACCUCUCCCGUCUCGCCCUCCGUCUGCACGCCUUCCCCCCCUUUCCCGCGCGCCAUGCCAUCGUCCUACGCCCUCCCCGCCGCCAAUCGCGCCCACUUGUCGCCCGAGAGGGACGGCGGAGCGCGGGAGGUGGCGGAGCGGGGAGAGCCUGCAGGCGCGGGCGCGGAGGUGGAGCGCGAGGCGUCGUUUGCGGAGCGCGUGGCGCGGAGCAUCUUCGUGGACGAGCUGUGCCCCGCCGUGACGCCCGCCGUGCUGCAGAGCGCGCUGGGGCAGUUCGGCGCCGUGCGCUCCGUGCAGCUCGUGCCCAACCUGCUCCUCCCGCGCCGCUCGUCCGGCUGCGCCAUCGUCGAGCUGCACUCGCGAGACGUCGCCGCCAAGAUGCUCGCGGAUCUGAGCGAGUCGCUCUUGAUCGUCGGCGCUGGCCCCCGCCCCGUGCGCGCGUGCAAGGCGCGUGCCGACAUGUUCGACGGCGCCUUCGUCUUCCCCUCUGCGCUGCAUGCUGCCGCGCUCUCCCAACCCGCGCCCGCCGCCGCCUCCGCCGCUGCCUGGCACGGCGCCCCAUGUUCCUCGGCGCCCGCCCUCCCGGGCUUUAGGAGGGCGCGGAGGUGGAAGGAGGUGGCGGGGCGGCAGGCGGAGGAGAUGAAGAUGCUGGCGGAGCACGUGGCGUGGGAGAAGCAGCAGGUGGGGGAGCGGCAGCGCGUGCGCAUAGAGGAGGACCUGCGGCGCCUCACGCUCAUCGACCACGCCAUGGCGCCCAACGGGGCCAUCGCGCACCUCAGGCACUACUACGGCAUGCCCGCCAUGGACUGGCACAUGAUGUGACGCCAUGCCAUGCCAUGCCAUGCCCAUGUGCGCCAGUGUGCACUGCGCGCGCGCACCAAUGCCAUGGCACUUCUCUCAUGGUCCAUUCAAAUUCAAACUGCCUGAGGUUGCAUGGAGGUGCUGCCGUUGCGGUGUGCUACACUGUUACGUCUUGUGUUUUAUUUUUCCUUAGUGUACAGCUUUCUAGCCUAUGGGUUGAAUUGAAUG